AUGUACCGCCACUGGCUAUCUCACAAUGUCAGCUUUGUCGACCCUUACUUUACUUAUAUACUGAAAGAAGAUAAAGAUAAAUCUGACGAAGCCUACGUUAAACGUCUUGCGGAUCAGCUAGAAGCUGAGAUCCUUCGUAUUAGUCCUAAGAAUGUUAUAGCCUUUGUUACUGAGACCGUCAGUGGAACUACUCUGGGCUAUAUUCCCGCUGUGCAUGGCUAUUCGAAGGCCAUUCGACAGAUUUGCGAUAAGUGCGACAUUCUCUUGAUCUUGGAUGAGUUAGGUUGA